AUGGCUACUAUCACAGAAACCACGUUUAUUCCUCUUUCUCCUCCAAGUCUCCUCAGCGAGAAGACCUCGCAGACCACAACCACCACGACCGAGGUCAUGGCCACUACUCCCCCGGAGACCAAGACCAAGCCUGCUGUCUCGCCGGCCAUCAAAUUCGGCGGAGAGCAGUACAAGUACAGCAGUCCGCUGAUCUCAGAGCGUGCCAUCGAUCAACCACGGCCCCUCAAAGUCAUCUACAUUGGUGCUGGUGUCUCGGGGAUUCUGGCGGCCAUCAAGUUCAGGAAAGCCGUGCCUGAUAUUGACUUGGUGAUCUACGAGAAGAACCCUGAAUUGGGAGGUACUUGGUAUGAGAACAGAUAUCCUGGUUGCGCGUGUGAUGUCCCAUCGCACUCGUAUCAACUCAGUUUCGAAUCGUGGACCGAAUGGACCCAUUACUACUCCGGUGCGCCCGAGAUCCUGGAAUACUGGAAGCGGGUUGCGCAGAAAUACGACGUCCGCAAGCACAUCAGAUUCCAGAGCCGGUGUGUUGGGGCACGAUGGAAUGAGUCAACCGCCAAGUGGUUCGUUCAGAUGUACAACGAGAAGACAGGCGAGGUCUUCGAGGAUUCAGCGGAUGUCUUCAUGACGGGAACCGGCAUGCUCAACGAGUGGAAGUGGCCGUCGAUUCCCGGAUUACACAGUUUCAAGGGCCAGUUGCUACACAGCGCGAACUGGGAUGAAACUUUUGACAGUAAGGACAAGCACAUUGCCGUCAUCGGCGCAGGAAGCAGCGGAAUCCAGAUCGUCCCAGCCCUUGUUGACAAAGUCAAGGCCAUGGACCACUACGUCCGCGGAAGAACCUGGAUCUCUGAUCAAUACGGCCAGAGAAGUGAACUGUCUGCCCGGACGAAGGACAAGGGUGGCAAUUUCGAAUACACGGAAGAGGAAAAGCAAGCAUGGCGUGAGAACCCAUCGGCAUAUCUCAAGUACCGCAAAGAGUUGGAGUUUGCCAUGCAAUCCGGGUAUGCCAAGUCGCAACGGGGAAGCGAUAUCCAAACCGCCGCACAGGCCCAAUAUAAAGCCGGCAUGCAGCGCAGACUGAAGGGCAAACCGGAGCUGUUCGAUCUCCUCGUCCCUGACUUCCCUCCGCUCUGCAAACGUCUUACUCCAGGCCCCGGAUACCUGGAGGCUCUAACUUCUCCCAAAGUUGAGGUCAUCCCGACCAGCAUCGAACGGGUCGAUGAGACCGGUAUCGUCACCUCCGAUGGAAAACACCGCCCUGUCGAGGCAAUCGUAUGUGCAACCGGAUUCGAAACAAGCCCAGGCGGCGGGUUUCCCAUCCUAGGCCGAAAUGGCGUUAAUCUUCGACACCGAUACGCACAGCGUCCGGAGACAUACCUAGGACUCUGCACGGAUGGGUUUCCCAAUUUCUUCCAGUCGCUGGGCCCGAAUGCAUUCCAAGGCGCUGGGAACCUGCUCAUCAUGAUGGAGCAAACGCACAUCUACGUCGGGGAGAUCCUGCGUAGAAUGGCAUAUGACAACAUCGGCCUGGUAGAACCCAAGAGACGCCAGGUCGAGAACUUCACCAACUUUGCCGACAAGUACUUCGAGCGCACGGUCUACAGCGUUGAAUGUGCCAGUUGGUAUAAGUCUUCGCCGCCGGGUGCCUCGUUGGAAGAGAGGAAAAGAGGCCGGGUUACCGCGUUAUGGCCGGGUAGCAGCGUCCAUGCAGUCAAGGCAUUGAGCCGUGUGCGGUGGGAGGACUUUGAGACGAAGCCGUACGACGGCAAUGAGUUCGGAUGGUUUGGGAAUGGAUGGACGGUGGGCGAGAAGGAGCAGAACAUGAAAGAUGAGGCUGUUACGUGGUACUUGGACUACACCGAGUUUCUGGACGACGUCAAGCUGGAGGAUGGGGAGAAGAAGGUGUAGAAUUGAAGAUUAGUAUAACGAAAUGGCGUUUUCCUUUCCAUCUGCUAAAUUGAACUGGCCAAGGCGUAUUGAUAUCACUCCUUGCAUUCGUUAACCCUGCAUUAGAAAAUCA